AUGUCGGAUCCAUUGAUCGUCGAUAUCCACACUCAUGUCUAUCCUCCCUCAUACAUUGAUAUGCUCCGCGCCCGCAAUAAGGUGCCUUACAUCCACGACGCAUCCGAUGGCGGGCCACCCCGUCUGAUCAUUCUCUCAUCAGACGAUGACUCAAACAUCCCACUCGACCAACGUGGUCGGCCGGUCGACUCAUCAUAUUCCGACAUCAAGGUCAAGCUCGAUUUCAUGGAGAAACAUGGCAUCGAUUGCAGCGUCAUUUCGCUCGCGAAUCCGUGGCUGGAUUUUAUCGGCGAAGAACAAGCUUCUGAGUGGGCGCAGAAGAUCAAUGAUGACUUGGAGUCGACCUGUUCACAGGUCAAUGGCGCCACGGAGCACAAGGGCAGGCUACCUCCCCUCUUUGCGUUCGGCACAUUGCCGCUUGGAGCACCCCAGCAGGUAGCAGUGGCGGAUGAGGUUCAUCGAAUCAGUGCUCUAUCACAUAUCCGGGGUGUAAUUAUGGGCACAACCGGGCGAGGCAACGGCCUGGAUGACCCCGAGUUAGACGUGGUAUGGGGAGCGCUCCAAGACACUCAGCUCAUGCUGUUCCUGCACCCGCACUAUGGCCUGCCGGACGAAGCAUUUGGGGGGCCCGAAAUUGUUCGUCGCUAUGGACAUGUCCUCCCACUAGCACUCGGGUUUCCGCUUGAAACUACCAUUGCCAUCACCCGCAUGUAUCUCAGUGGGGUCUUUGAUCGGUUCCCCAAGCUCAGAAUCUUGCUGGCUCAUUCGGGUGGCACGCUUCCCUUCCUUGCUGGGCGAAUCGAGAGCUGUAUCGCUCAUGAGCGGACUUUCCAAGUAAACGGGGGCGACAUUCCUGGGCCGCAGCGGAGUAUUUGGGAGGUGCUGAAAACCAAUAUUUACCUAGACGCCGUGGCGUAUGGGACUGCGGGAUUGAAAGCAGCAGUGGAAGCUGGAGGGGGAAGUGCGGAUCGUCUGUUGUUCGGUACCGAUCAUCCUUUCUUCCCACCUCUAAAUGAAAAAGAUGAAAAGUGGACCAGUGUGACUACCAACUACAAAGCCAUCAGUGCGUCGUUUAGUGAGGAUCAAGACGCAGUGGUUGGAGUAUUGGGAGGUAACGCUGUCCGUAUUCUCAACUUGAAAUAG